AUGGCGAGUUUAAAGAGUUUAGUGUCUGUUUUCGCUGUCUUGUGCGUUAUCUUGUGCUUGGGGGCCGCUCAAAACGAACCUCCUGUUAGUCAGGUGUCCGAAUCUGCUACAAACCCCAGUGUCCCUCAGGGAAACAACAACCCCAACGCUCCAAACCCACAGGAAGAUGGAGGACCGAAAGCAGGCGAACCUAAUGCAGAACCCACGACGAAACCGGAGCCAAUACCAAAAGCAAAUCCAGAUUCCAACCCAGCGCCAACACCCAAGGCAGAGCCAACCCCAAAUGCAGAGCCGACCCCCAAGCCAGAGCCGACCCCUAAGUCAGAGGCAAACCCAAAGGUAGACCCAGCUCCCAAGCCAGAGCCCACCCCGCAAGAAGGCCCAAAGACGAAUAAACAAGCUGGGGAAAAGAGCAAGGAAGAAGCUAAGGGAGGAGCUGGCAUCCUGUACACCAACUGUGGCAUCUCUGUUCUUGUUGGGGCUAUUCUUUUGAGGCUGUGA